CACCACCACCACCACCACCUCAUCCCACUCGCCCUGACACCUUCACACGCACAUCGACAAUGGCAUCACCCUCCUUUUUCACCCCCUCUCCACCCCUUACCCCCUCCCUACACACCACCACCGACGCCCUCUACGUGACCAUCCGCUUCUCCGCCUCCAUUCCCGACCUCCCCCUCGACAUCUACUCCCCCUCAACCACCACCUCCGCAGGUCUAAAACAACUCAUCCGCACCCGACUCCCCCCACACCUCUCCUCGCACCGUCUCCGCCUCAUCCACGCCGGUCGUGGUCUCGAAGACAAAACCCCCCUCUCCGUAUCCCUGAAACUCCCUCCCACCUCCACCCGAUCUCCACGACCACCAGACACAAACUCCACCUCCGAUCCCAAAGGCAAAGGCAAAGCCCCUGCUCGCGACCAUCCCCGUCUUUACAUCCACUGCUCCAUCGGUGACAUAGUACUCUCGGCGACCGAUCUUGCCGCUGAAGCGUCGAUCGCGUCUACAUUGCAUCAACAGGAAACAUCGUCAUCGGAGUCAGGGUCACAAGAUGAUGGGGAAAGGAGGCGGAAAGAUGUGCAGGCUAGUACUACAACCCCUGCGCCUAGGGGCUUCGACCGGUUACUGUCAGCGGGGUUUACACCUGCGGAGGUGGCGGGCCUUCGGUCGCAGUUUCUAGCGGUGCAGUCGGUGUCGCGGACCCCGGAUACGAUGCCAUCCGGGGCGGAGUUGCGGGAACUGGAGGAUCGGUGGAUGGAUGAGGGGUCGUCGGCGGCGAUGGUUGGUGGGGGCGGGGAGGGCGGGGAGGGGGUGGUUUCGCUUGCGGAUGAUGAUGGCGGGAGGGAGGAGGGGGUUUGGAGUUGGAGGAAGGGAUUGGCGGUAUUUGUGGGGGUGGUGGUGAAUAUUGCGUUUGGGGCGAUGAGGAUUAUGAAUUAG